AUGGCUCGGCACUGUGACUUCGUGUUCGUGGUGGCCGUGACUUGCCUCCUACGGCUUGCUUUUGGGCAGGAGCAGAUUCUGCUGCAGAACGCCAAGCAGAAUAACCUGGUCGACAUUCAGUUCUUUGCUGACAGCAACUUCCAGCAGACAAGGACGCCUUUUGCCUAUUUCGACUUCCCUGCGAUCCAGCAGGGUUCCUGCACACAGUGCGAGGACUUCCAAGAUGCUCCACUUACAUGGGGAUCUGCUGUCAUCGCCUACUCACCCACUGGAGGGGAGGUCAUGAACCUGUACCAGGCUGCAGAGUGCAAUGGAGAGCCCAUGACAACUGGCGCCUCCGCCCCGGCCAUGCCCUCAAACUUCCAGGCCAAGUCCUUCAAGCUCUGCCGCACAGGAUGA